AUGAUGAUGACGUGCCGUCUGCUGUGCGCCCUGCUGGUGCUUGCCCUGUGCUGCUGCCCGUCCGUGUGCGCGAAAGACACUGAACUGGUUCCGAAUUCAGGCUCUAAUGGAAAUAUUUCUAGUCUGCCGUCCCAUGCACCAGCCACUAAUUCAGCUUCGGUGGCCCCAGGAAUUUCAAACAAGAACGCGACGCCUGGGGAUCCUGCCGACGUCGGUCCAUCGCCCUCUCAACGAGAGGCAGUAUCACAGGUGACCGCUCCGUCAGGGCCGCCGAGUAAUGGGCUCGGUGCGGAACCGGGAAAAGUUGGUGGAAAGGGAUCAGAAUCAAAAGACACGAUCGAUGUGCAGCAGGGAGAAGAUAGCGACGACAAGGCUGGAACAGGAAUUGACACGAAUACAUCUGCAGACCAAAAAGAUAAGAACGCCAGAGUUGCUGCCAAGACGACCACGACGACGACUAAAACAAAGGCACCAACCACGACGACCACCACUGCGCCGGAGACAACACAGGCACCAACCACGACGACGACUACUACAACCACCACCACUACGACUACUGAGGCGCCAACCACGACGACCACCCGCGCACCGUCACGUCUUCGUGAAAUGGACGGCAGCCUCAGCAGCUCGACGUGGGUGUUUGCCCCACUGCUGCUCGCCGUAUCCGCGCUGGCGUACAACGCUCUGGGCUGA